AUGAAAGCAAAGCAGAAGAGGGCCAACAGAAAGUCUUCCUCACCAACUGUACUAUCUGCUCUUGAAGAUAGUUCUACAACUUCUCAUCCAUCAUAUAUUUCAAAGACAACUGCAAAUUCAGUAUCUGUAUUGCAACGAGGAAAUAGCCAAGAAAGUAAGCCAUCACCAGAGUUACAUUUAAGAACAGAACAGGACUAUUACCGACAGCUGGAAGACUACAAUGAAGGGUAUCUAGUGGUCUUCAUGAUGGAGCUGGCCAGACUAGUCGCUGUCAAAGCUGACGUUCGCAGCAUAUUACGACAUACGGAUUCUAUACUAUUUGAAUCAUUAAAAUCAGGAAAGCUUGGCAGUUUGGGAUACCCAGUAACGCACGUACUUUUAAAGUUUGGAGUUUUUGUCUCCGAUGAACCUAUUGCAGUUGUCAGAAUGACAAGAACCAGUGCGGAAGUCUGCCAGAGUCUGGUAGACAGUUUCUUCGCUCCGUACCGUCGUCUGUUGAUGUUAGAGAAGAGACACAUACUUCUGGAUGCCAUCAACUAUAUGCUAAAGACCAGGUUCCCGAAUAGGAACCAAAGCUUAAAGAUAUUAUAG